ACUACAGCUUAGUUUAGCGGUGUGAUAAAACAUAUAAGCCUUGUUUUUUUUAACUAUAUGGGUUUGUUUUAUCGGUGAGAGAGAACAUGACAAAAAGGAUAACAUGCGUUAUAAUUACCUGUAUAUUUGUUACCAUGUGUUUCAGCUUUUUUUACAGAGAGAGAAAUAUGAUGAGCAGAAAUAUUCUUAAACUGAAAGCAAAGCAUCGACCACUCCAAGCCAAUAGCAUGGCAUCAGCACGCAAACCAGUGUCCUUUGAACAUAAAACAUACGUUACGGAGAGGACAGGUCAACCUGACAUUAAGGUUACCCACCGAGUGUUAAGUCAAAAGAACAUAAUAUUUGUGGUGGCUUACAUGAGAUCGGGAUCAACCAUGACAGCAUCGUUUUUGGAGGCAAACCCGGGAACGUUUUACAGAUUUGAACCACUGAGAGGCGUGUAUAACAAGUUUAAGGAGACGAAGGCGAAUAAAACAACGCAGCUUAAAUACAGCAAAGGAUCGAGGACAUUUAAGAAAACGAAGAUGGCAAACGUUAUGAUGAAAGAACUACAGGCUUGGUUAACCUGUAAUCUGACUUCAUUGAGUAUGGAAACUAUUUUGGAUAGAGGAUAUACCUUACAUGAAAGAGAUAGUUGCAUAAAAGAUAAGAGAACAUAUCGGAACAAAACCAGUAUACAGUCAAGACAAGACCAAAUCAAACAAUGUGUUCGAAACCUUGUAAAAGAUUGUGUUAAAUCGCCGUCAAUAGUGUUGAAAUUUAUCCGGCUUUCCGUACAAGAUGCUGCUUAUUUUCUUCCAAGUUUUCCUAACAUGAAAAUAAUUCACUUAGUUAGAGACCCAAGGGGAAUAAUUAGUUCACGAGAUAGAGUUGGAUUCCAUUACACAAAAAAUGGGAGCAUAGCAAAUUUGUGCAAGGAUAUUCAAUCGAAUUUAUUUUGGACAAAGAAAGUGUUCCAACAGUAUAAUAAUAGAAUUAAAAUAGUUCACUACGAAGAUAUUGCAGAAAACCCAUAUCAACUUGUACAAGAAAUAUAUUCCUUUGUUGGUUAUAACUACAGUAAAGACACAGAACAUUUUGUAACAUCCGUCACAGAUUCGGCCAAAAGCUCGUGUCCGUUUUGUAUAAAACGAAAGAACUCAACAGAGACGGCUUCUGUGUGGAGACAUACUAUCCCGGAGGAUUUAGCAGAAACUAUUUAUCACCAUUGCAAACACUCAAUGGAUGUUCUUGGUUAUCUACCGCUUGAAAAUAAAUUUCAGCUCCGAAAUACAAAUAUUGCAUCAAGGAUUACGCAGAAUACAUCGAAACGAAUUCUUCAAAGUGACUUGACGAUGCCGCCACUUGAAGAGAGCUGGUUACACCAGACUCUCUAGGACAUUUAAGAUUAGAAACUAAAUGUUUUGAUUGGCCUUUACGUUUAGCUGACCGAUGGGCUAAAUGGAAUCACGGGCAUGGAUAAGGAUUAAGAUCAAUAUUGAAUGCUGGCCCUGAUCGAGUAUAGUUGGAUGUCUAUGUACACGUAGGAAUAUGGGACACUUUUUAUAAUCUAUGUAGCAAAGAGUGCAUUAAACUAUCGUCUUGAUUAAACACACGUCUACAAAUAUAAAACAUUCUGAGUUAAUAUAUAUGUAAGGGAUUCGACCAGAUUCCUCUACACUUCUUUCCACGUUGUGUUUUGUAUUCUAACUAUUACAUAAAAUCGUCAUACAUUUAGAUGAAAUCGAUUAGGUUUAUAUUGACAAUUAACUAAAUUUAAUUGUUGAAAUAAAAGACUUCAAGUUGGUUCAGCAAUGACAUGAUAAGCAAUACUUUUAAAUAUCUCUUUUCUGUCAUAUU